ACGCUUCUCCAACGUUGUGGCUGUCUGCUUUACAAAUUUUCAACCGUAAACACAAGCAGACCAUGGCAUUGUCGAGAAAGGAGCAGGAUGAGUUACGUCCCCUGCUUGACAUCACAGUACAGAAGUUCCUGGGUUUUAGUGAGCCAACACUGGUAACGGCAUCUCUGAACUGUGUGGAUAGCGGCUAUGACAAACGCAAAACAGUCGACAAGUUGUCUACGAUUCUUGAUGACACCCAAGCCUCAAAAUUUGCAGACAAACUCUUUGCAGUGUUAGACGAGUACAGGGCCAGUAAUAAAGUGUCGAGGAGCAAACGGAGGAAGGAUGAUCGUGAAGAAGGGACAGAGGUUAAGAAGAGGCGUUUCCAUGACGACGAGAGCGUGGCCAUCCCCGGUCCAGGGAAUUCUAGCCCUGGUCAGCUGACAGCAGACAAGAUAAAGGAGAUGAUGGCAGCUGCCCAGAGAAUGAUUCAUGACCGUAAGGUUCAGCUGGGGGCCCCUCUCGUCCCAAAGCUUCCCACACAGCCUGUAAAGGAGCCAGGGAUCCCACCACUCAGCCAGACGCAGGCGUUGAUGAGUGACGCUGUGGAGAAGGCCAAAAGAGCAGCAGAGUUGCAGUCCAGAAUACAGUCCCAGCUAGCCGGCCUCAACUCUGCUGGCUUCUCCAUACCUACACAGCCAGCCGUGAAAGUAAUUCCUCAGCAUGACCAGUCAAAACCCUCCCCUCUUAUCCUGGAUGAACAGGGUCGUGCCAUCGACGUGACAACGGGACAGGCCAUUCAGCUUCAGCACCACACACCCACCCUCAAGGCCAACAUUCGUGCCAAACGCCGUGAACAGUUCAAAGGUCUUAUUGAGAAACCACCUGAGGAGUUCACAGAGACCAAGUAUUUCGACCCCAGAGUCAGUCUGAAGCCCACACAGCGACAGAAGCGAGGGUUCAAAUUCCAUGAGGUUGGAAAAUUUCAGCAGAUUGCAUCACGAUUAAGAACAAAGGCACAGCUGGACAAAUUACAGAACGAAAUCGCUCAAGCUGCCAAGAAAACAGGGAUUGCAUCGGCUGCUAAACUUGCGACCAUCGCUCCUAAAAAGGAAAUCAAGGAAGGUGAUGUACCCUGGGUGGAAUGGUGGGACGAAUUCAUACUGAGAAAUGAAUCGUAUGAAGCCAUGUCUUUGGUAACAGACCAAAACAGUGAAGGCGACAUAGAGGGCAUCACCAACCUCAUAGAACAUCCUAUACAGAUGAAGCCUCCAGCUGAUCCUACGACAAAGGUGACAAUACCUGUGUACUUAACGAGGAAAGAGAGAAAAAAGUUACGUCGCCAGAAUCGACAGGAGAAUCAGAAAGAGCUCCAGGAGAAGAUCAGACUGGGAUUAGAACCUCCUCCAGAACCUAAAGUGAGAAUGGCCAACUUGAUGAGAGUCUUAGGGACAGAGGCUGUUCAGGAUCCUACCAAAGUGGAGGCUCACGUCAGGGCGCAGAUGAAAAAACGACAGAAAGCCCAUGAAGAAGCUAAUGCGGCCAGAAAGUUAACAGUAGAGCAGAGGCGAGAUAAAAAGAUCAAGAAGAUUAAAGAAGACACGACGUUAGGGGUACACGUGGCUGUUUAUAGAGUACGAGAUCUGAGUAACCAGGCGAAGAAGUUUAAAGUAGAAGCUAAUGCUAAUCAGCUCUUCCUCACCGGUAUUGUGAUUCUCUUUAAGGAGUGUAACGUUGUUGUUGUUGAAGGAGGUCCAAAGCAGCAGAGGAAAUUCAAGAGGCUGAUGUUACACAGGAUCAAAUGGGCGGAGGAGAAACGAAGCAAAGACGAUGAUGAUAGUGAUGCAGAAGAGGACUCGAGUAAGAUCCGUAGAUGUGUGCUUGUUUGGGAGGGCACCACAAAGAACAGAGCGUUCUCGGAAAUAAAAUUCAAGCAGUGUCCCACAGAGAGCUUUGCUAGAGAACAGUUUAAAAAGUGCGGAGUAGAACAGUACUGGGAUUUGGCGUAUAGCGGAGCUGUCAUGGAAACUGCAGGGGAAGAAUUAUGACCAAUUACUUUUUUCCUGGUUUUUCCCUAUUUUUUCUUCUUUUUUUAUUGCUUUGAAAAGGCAAAAAUUCCAGUCUGAUAAAAUUCAAAUAUCUGAAAGGGACACGACUUUGAUUGUUUCAUUUUGUGUGUGUGAAUGGAUACGCAUCAGCCUUUAUUUUGUGGGUUUUGGAGAUAAACUCUCAUUGUCACUUAUGUGUAGUACAGCUAGAACUAUAAGAAAUGAGUAAUUUUGUAGAACUCUGUGGCAGAAGGGGCUAGCAUGCCAGCAGGGCACAAUAACCCAGGAGCCUCCCACCAAUACAGUCAAUGUGAGUUCAAGUCCAGCUCAUGCUGGCUUCCUCUCUGCUCAUAUGCUGGAAGGUCUGAAGCAACUGCAGAUGGUUGUGGGCAUCCCUCAGGGCUCUGCCCAGUUC